UUUCUGACUGCAGCCUCCUUCCUGUAGCCCGGUUGAGGAAGUGAAUUUCGCUGACAGGGCUGGGUUCAGUGAGGGAGAGGCGAACAAAACAUCUUAACUAAAAAAAAAAAAGACAACAAGAGACGAGAGAGGAGCGACUUGUUCAAACGCAGGUGUACACUCAUCGGUGAAAUCGUGCUCGCCCGCCCCGCUGAGACCGCCACAGACCGCCGCAGACAUGAAUGACCAGCAGCUGGACUGUGCCCUGGACCUGAUGAGGCGUCUGCCUCCUCAGCAGAUCGAGAAGAACCUCAGUGACCUCAUUGACCUGGUGCCCAGUCUGUGUGAGGACCUCCUCUCUUCUGUGGACCAGCCCCUGAAGAUCGCCCGGGACAAGGUGGUGGGGAAAGACUAUCUGCUCUGUGAUUACAACCGAGACGGCGACUCCUACAGAUCCCCGUGGAGUAAUAAGUAUGAACCUCCCAUUGAAGACGGUGCAAUGCCUUCAGCUCGCCUGAGGAAACUCGAGGUUGAAGCCAAUAACGCCUUUGACCAGUACAGAGACCUGUACUUUGAGGGUGGUGUGUCCUCCGUGUACCUCUGGGACUUGGAUCAUGGCUUCGCUGGAGUUAUUCUCAUCAAGAAGGCCGGGGAUGGAUCCAAGAAGAUCAAAGGGUGUUGGGACUCCAUCCAUGUGGUGGAGGUGCAGGAGAAGUCCAGCGGUCGUACUGCUCACUAUAAACUCACCUCCACCGUCAUGCUGUGGCUCCAGACAACCAAGACUGGCUCUGGUACCAUGAACCUGGGUGGCAGCCUUACAAGACAGAUGGAAAAAGAUGAGACAGUUGGAGAGUCCUCACCCCACAUCGCCAACAUCGGCCGCCUUGUCGAAGAUAUGGAGAACAAGAUUCGCUCCACACUGAAUGAAAUCUACUUCGGCAAGACCAAGGACAUCGUCAACGGCCUAAGGAGUGUUCAGACUCUGGCUGAUAAGUCAAAGCAGGAGGCUCUGAGGGUCGACCUGAUGGAUGCACUCAAACGCAAACAUAACAGCUAGAGAUGCUACUGUUGUUUUUUUCUUCUGUCUCUCUCACUCUCUCUCGCCUCAUCUCUGCCAUCUUUUCUCUGUUUCUUUACGUCUCUCCCUCCAUGCCUGUUUCAGUGCUGCACUCUUGUUUAUUUGUGGAAAAACAAAAAAGGAGAAAAUGCUUAGCUUUUUAUUUGUUUUUGUUUUUUGUUUUCUGUCGGGUUUUUCGUUUUCAUGCAUCUCAUCUGCCAUGAAGCCAUUCACUCACGCUCCCUCUGUCUCUCUUCUCUCUGCCUCUUCUCUCCCAUGUUAUGAAUAUAAUGAUAGUAUUACCACGGUUAAUGAUAAUCUUACAGUGUGAGGGUCAUUGUAGUAAUAAUCCCUGAUGUUCUCACAACUGAUGUGUCCAACUGGUCGGUCUCAAAUGAGCGAUCUCGGCCCCGCUCUUCCUCCGUGACGAGGAGACGGACACAGACUGUGCUGUAGGUGGCGUAGGCUCCGUGGGGCUGUCAUCAUUAAGAACAUCAAAUUUAUUUCUUGCACCUAUUUUUAUGUACGACACCCCCCUGAUAUAUUUGAAUAAAAUCAUUACUGUCCAUGUAUAACUGUCAUUAUCUGGCCGAUGUAAACAACGUGAACACGAGGGCGGCCUUCGGUUUGUGUUGGAACGUUUUUACUCUUUAUUCCACUUUGUCCACAUGCAUGUGAGCCUGUGUUGGGAGCAUGGGGCUGCAGCGAGUGGAAAUGUAGACUUAUCAAACAUGGGGAUGGACUGUUAUAAUCACCGGGUGAUUACACCCACGUCGUCAACCCCCCCGACCCCCUUUCACUGUGUAUAACAUGACAGUUUGCCUCCCCCUCUGUUCUGCUUACUCAACUUUUCUCUCUCCUCACCUACUAUGUCUUUGUUGGGGGUCACAGUUUGUCCUUGUGUCUCAGUGGAAACAUUUCACUGUUUCCAUUUUGGAGGGGAAUCUUUUUGUUGUAUUUUUGUUUUUUGUUUUUAUUUUGUAAAGCUUAUGAUUCAUAUUGUAUUAGAGCCUCCAGCAACAAUAAAAACAGUAAAAAGCUA